AUGCCUCGAGCAUCAAGCGCCUCAUCUGGUCGCUCUAGAUUCACACCGUUCCCCGCCGCCUCGCCCGCUUCUAGCGAUGGUACCACAGUGUCGGGGCGCGUGCGCCGGCGGAUCUCAGAUACCCGUCGUGAUGGGCUAAGUUCCCGAUCCAGUCGUGCUGAAACCGUACCGGUUGGAGAAAGUGAUGCAUCCGACCGGGAGGAACCACUGCCGCGGUCGCAGUCUGGGCCGACUAUCACGCAUCUUUUUAUUAAUAAUGAAUCAGUGAUGUCUAGGUCGCAGAACUGGACAACUGUGUUGGAUCCGGUCUCACAACGCCUACUUUGCAGGGUCCCCGGGAGUACACUUCAGGAAGUACAGCGGGCUGUUGGGGCUGCUGAAGAUGCCCAGCCUGGAUGGGCUGCUUUGGGGUUUCAAGUGAGGCGUGAGCAUCUGCUGAGACUAGUGGAUGUACUAAGACAGAUGUCUCCUGAAAUUGUGACCUGUUUAUCUCGAGAGGUUGGAAAGACCCUAGCCGAUGCAGACGCAGAAGUCUUCCGCGGUUUGGACUGCAUACAUGCUGCAUGCUCGAUUGGGCCUGAAAUGGCCGGCAUGUUCUUAGGAGGCGAUGCAACGUUGCUGCAAACGUUCUACGAGCCAGUUGGCGUCUGUGUGUCAAUCACCCCUUUCAGCUUCCCCUUCAUGAUUCCCUUGUGGUCGCUUCCGUACGCGCUCAUCACCGGCAAUACAGUUAUCCUGAAACCCUCGGAGAAAACACCUACUACGUCUUCAUUACUAGCACAGGCAUUCGUAAAGACUGGCUUCCCACCUGGAGUCUUCAAUGUGCUUCACGGCGGUCCAUCGACCGUUCAGAUGCUUGUGACUCAACCAACGGUUCAAGCGGUGAGUUUCGUCGGGUCAGAGUCUGCUGCUAGGCAGGUCCAUGACUUGGCAAGGGCUGCAGGGAAGCGAAUACAAGCAGAGUGUGGUGGCAAGAACCAUGGGGUUGUCCUAGAGGAUGCCAAUAUGUCCUCGACGCUGUUUGCGAUUGCUGGAAGUGCCUUUGGAGCUGCGGGUCAGCGAUGUAUGGCCUUAAGCGUAGCAGUGUUUGUUGGUGCGACGAGAGACUGGGUUCCUAGGCUGGUCGAACUGGCACAGUCGAUGGUGGUAGGAUGUGGAGGGGAUCAGGAGUCUAAGAUCGGGCCUUUGAUCGACAAAACAGCCAAAGCAAAAGUUAGUGAGAUGAUCCAGCGAGCAGUUGAGGAGAGAGCAACGGUUCUUCUGGACGGUCGGGAUAUUGAGGUCCCCGGCUAUCCGGAUGGCAACUUCAUGGGCCCAACCAUACUCGGGGACGUGCAGACGUACAUGGAAUGUUAUCAGGCGGAAAUAUUUGGACCGGUACUCAUCUGCAUGGAGGUGGACACCCUCGAGGAAGCGAUCGAUUUGAUUAAUCAGAAUAAAUAUGGUAACGGAUGCUCCAUAUUUACCACCAGUGGAAAGCAUGCAAAUACGUUCCAACGCGGCGUCAAUGUUGGACAAAUUGGUGUCAACAUCCCGUUGAUCGCGCCAUAUGGAACCGCGGUCCGAACGAGCAACAAAGAUUCUUUUCUGGGUGACCGGCAUUCCCCUGGAAAGACAUAUUGGCCAUUCUUCACAACAACAAAGACGGUGUCAUCGCGAUGGGAUCAGUGAGCGCUGAGGAGUGCUCUCGGUAUGCAGCAGAUGAAAAGGGUUGGUCGGGGAGAUCGGGUAUGAGUCGCUUUUCCACCGUGAGGUGGAAUGCAAUGCGAAAUGGAACGCAUUGGCAUCCUGCUCGUCAAUGAACUUAUCGAGGUCUGAUUGGAUGCAUUACGGUCGUGGUAGAGGAGUAUAAAUGUCGAUGAGCCGAGGCGCGGACUAUGCUACUUGUCGAGGUGUGUGCCGGAUGACAGGCCGACCGAUGAACGAUAAACAACAGGUCCGACCGGUAGGUAGAUUCAACACUGCUGGGAAAUGAGCCCUGAGG